GGGAAAGGAGACUAUUUUUAUUUUGAGCCACUCCAAAAGUGUUGCUGUGAAAAAUUUAGUUAUCCGAACAAUCUCAAAAUAAAAAUAACGAGAUUUCGGAGGCCUCAACCACGAUGAGCAGCAAAUCCCUGGAUCUGACUACCACCCCCUGCGAGCGAUGUAAGCAGGUCUCGCAGGAGAAUGAAGUUAUGAUUGCCUGUGACAACUGCGAUAGUUGGUUUCACCUACGCUGUGUGGGCCUAACUACGGUGCCGAAAAAGGACAAGAAGUGGUUCUGUCCGGAUGAUUCAUGUCAAACGGUUUACCAGGAGAAGCUGAAGAAGAACCGUGAUAAGAAGAAUCCUACGUCCGUCCCUCCAACCGUUGCCGAGAAGCUGAAAGCUAUGGAAGCGGAAAGAAAACGUAAGGAGGAGGAAAUGGAAGCCGAGUGGUUAAUCAAACAGAAAGAGUUUGAAAUCAGUAAUGCUCUGAAGGAAAAGCAAAUGCGUCUAGAGCGGAACCUACGCGAACAGCAGCUAAAAGCUGCCAGAGAGUUGCGCGAAAAGGAAAUGGAUGAAAAACGGACUCUGUUUGAAACGGAACUGCGGGAAAAACAGCAGCACUUCGAGCAAAUAAAGGUGAUGGAAGCCGAGCAACGCGAGAAGAUGUCCAAACUGGAAAAGCAGAUGGCGAUGGUAGACGUCAAGGAAAAGCCGACUAAGAAUAAGAAGAGAUCCGAAUCCCAGGACGUCCAACCGAGUACUUCUAAGCAGUCUCCGAAAGAACAAAAACCGGUUCAGCUGACGAAGGAGAAUCUCGAUCGCCUCGGGAAGAACAACGACGGCGAAGAAGAUGAAGAAGACGAGAGCUCCGAUGAUGGUGCCGAUACCAGCGACGACGGAGUUGAUGACGACGACCAGAAAAGCCACAUUAGCUUCCAAAACGGGCAGGGGCACCAGCGUGUCGGGCCAAGUAAAGCCCAAUUAAGUGCCAGGAAUGGGCUUACGCGGAAACUUCCCAUUUUUACGGGAAAACCAGAAGAGUGGCCUCUGUUCUUUGGAGCCUACCAAGCUUCUAAUGAAGCGUGCGGCUAUUCAGACGUAGAGAACUUGGUGCGUCUGCAAGAAAGCCUAAAAGGUGCGGCGCUUGAGUCAGUUCGUGGGCAACUUCUCCUUCCCAAAUCGGUUCCUAGGGUCAUCACGAAGCUUCGACAACUUUACGGUCGACCCGAGCAGCUGCUGCAAAGCCAUCUCGAGAGGGUUCGGAAGCUGGAUGCCCCGAGAGCCGACCGGUUGGCCAGUUUCAUACCUUUCGGAAAUGCGGUGGAACAGCUCUGCGAGCAUUUAGAAGCUGCCGAGCUCACUCUUCACCUCGUGAAUCCAAUCCUGAUACAGGAUUUGGUAAAUAAACUUCCGGACGGAGAAAAGCGACAGUGGUUGCACUACAAACGGAAGAAGAAGGAAACGACUCUGCGAACGUUCACGGAUUUCAUCUCGAAGAUCGUGUUCGACGCAUGUGAGGUGAACGUCAACUACGAAUACAAGCCAGACACUAAAGCAACAGCUGGGACGAGCGGAAAACUUAAGCAGAAGGAGAAAGCAGCUCUGUACAGCCACAGUGAGGCGAGCGGAUCUAAUGGACGAAACGAUCGGAAGAAGCAGAAGCCGUGUAGAGCGUGCCAACGAGACGACCAUCGGCUAAGAUUCUGUCAGGACUUCAAAAACUUAUCCUUUGCCGACAGAAUGAAGAUAGUCACCAAAUGGGAACUUUGCACUGUUUGCCUGAACGAGCACAGUGGGCAAUGCCGUUUCAAGAUUCGGUGCGACGUAGAUGAUUGCAGAGAAUUGCACAAUCCGCUGAUCCAUCCGGCCACAACGGCAGUUGGCAUGCACGCGCACAUCAAGCCCAGCGGUACAAUGAUGUUCCGGAUGAUUCCAGUUAUGAUUCACUGCGGAGAAAAAUCGCUGGCUGUGCUUGCAUUCCUAGACGAAGGAGCUUCCAUCACGCUGAUAGAGACCGAGUUGGCUGAUCGUCUGGGGCUAAACGGAGUGAAAGAAAAGCUAGUUCUCAACUGGACUGCGGACGUUUACCGAGUCGAGAAGAACUCCAGGCGAAUGAAUCUGUGGACUUCCGCUGUAGAUAAAGAGAAUCCGGAGAAGACUUUGCUGAGAUCGGUGUAUACAGUCGACAAGCUAAGACUACCGCACCAGACGCUCAAGGCUGAUGAACUGUCGGCGCAGUACGAUCACAUGCGGGGAUUGCCGAUCAGUUCGUAUGAUGGUCGACCUGGAAUUCUAAUUGGGCUAAGCAACAUUCACGCCUUUGCUCCUCUGGAAGCGAAGAUAGGCACUACGAGCGAGCCAAUUGCAGUACGGUGUCAACUCGGCUGGACGGUGUACGGACCGCGACGAGCAUCUCCUGAAUCGCAGGGCAACUAUCUAGGCUACCACCAACAGGUAUCCAACGAAGAUCUUCACGAUCUCCUCAAGAACCAUUACGCACUCGAAGAAUCCGUGGUACGAGUGCACCAGGAAUCGGCUGAGGAUAAGAGGGCUCGGUCGAUCCUAGAGCAGACUACGAAACGCGUAGGGGACCAUUUCGAGACGGGGCUCCUCUGGAUCCAGGACGACGUGAGCUUCCCGGACAGCUACCCUAUGGCGUUGAAGCGGCUCAAGCAGUUGGAGAGAAAGCUGGAAAGGUCGCCGGAAUUGUAUCAAAACGUUCGAAAGCAGAUCGAAGAAUAUCAAACCAAAGAAUAUGCCCAUGAAGCCACCGAAGAAGAGCUGCGUAUUGCGGAUCCCAAAAAGGUGUGGUAUCUCCCGCUGAAUGUGGUGCUGAAUCCGAAGAAGCCUGACAAAGUUCGACUCAUCUGGGACGCUGCGGCGAUGGUCCAAGGAAUCUCCCUCAACUCCAUGCUGCUGAAGGGGCCGGACCUACUAGUGCCGCUGGUGUCAGUGCUUCUCAACUUCCGGGAGCGACGGAUUGCUUUCGGUGGAGACAUCCGCGAGAUGUACCAUCAAAUGAAGAUGAUCGCCAAGGACAAAUCCGCCCAACGGUUCCUGUUCCGAAACAACAGCGCAGAAAAGCCGAAAGUGUACGUGAUGGACGUCGCCACGUUUGGGUCGACGUGCUCGCCUGCAUCAGCACAGUACGUCAAGAACCGGAAUGCGGAGGAGCAUGCCGGUCAAUUCCCGGAAGCAACGAUGGCCAUCAUCAAAAGGCACUAUGUCGAUGACUACUUCGACAGUGUCGACACGAUUGAGGAAGCGGUAGAACGAGCGAAACAGGUGAGGUUUAUCCAUAAGCGAGCCGGGUUUGACAUUCGAAACUGGGUGUCGAAUUCGCUGGAAGUUCUGACAGCGUUAGGGGACGCCAAACCUGGGGGAGCAGUUGUUUUCAACCAAGAUAAGCAGAAGUCCAACGAACGGGUUCUUGGGGUAAUCUGGGAGCAAGAAAAUGACGCCUUUGCCUUUUCUGCGACUCCCCGGCCGGAAAUGCAAGCCUAUUUGUGCGGUGAAAAGCGGCCAACAAAGCGAAACGUUCUAAGCUGUGUUAUGGGGUUUUUCGAUCCAUUGGGGCUACUGUCCCCAUUCACGAUUCAUGGCAAAAUGCUCGUCCAACAUCACUGGCGAAGUGGCUGCGAAUGGGAUCACCAAAUCGAUGAACGCGGUUGGAACCAGUGGCAGCAGUGGAUUGGAUUGCUUCCAAAAGUCGAGGAAUUACGAAUUCCACGAUGUUAUCUGGGUGAUGCUGAAUCUUCGUCGGUAGAGUCCCUCGAGCUGCACAUCUUUACGGAUGCGAGCGAGCACGCUUAUGGCUGCGUGGCAUACCUAAGGUCGGUCGUCAAUGGAGAAGUGAACUGUAAUCUGGUCAUGUCUCGCGCAAAAGUAGCGCCGCUAAAGCGUCAGUCGAUUCCCAGAUUGGAACUGAUGGCUGCCGUCCUCGGCGCUCGAUUGAGCCGAACCUUUUUGGAAACGACUACGUUGUGUAUUGAUUGCACCACUCUGUGGACCGACUCCCGAACUGUACUGUCGUGGCUACAGUCAGAUCAAUAUAAAUAUAAGCAGUUCGUUGCAUUUAGAGUUGGUGAGAUUCUGGAACUAACCAACAUGAGAGACUGGCGAUGGGUACCGACCAAGCAGAACGUCGCGGAUGUUCUCACCAAGUGGGGUCGAGGACCUCCAUUGCAGAACGAGUCGGAUUGGGUGAAUGGUCCAACGAUGCUGUAUCAACCGCGCAAUCAGUGGCCGGUAAUUGAACCAAGCGAAGAUACCAGCGAGGACGUGAGAGGUCUAAUGAUGUUCCAUGAAGUGGUCGAUGUGAGCGCUGUUUCAGGUUGGACGAAAUUGGUACUGGUGACCGCAACGGUGGUACGAUUCAUCUUUAACUGUCGCCGUAAAAUAGCCGGCGAGCCAAUCGUGACUUCGCAGGCUACGAAGCAUCAUCGUCCGCUAAUCAGAGCAAAACAACCAGCAAUUCAGCAACCCCUUCAACAAGAAGAACUUCGGCAUGCGGAAACCAUUCUCUGGAAACAGUCGCAAUUCGCCAGUUUUCCGGAGGAGAUGAGCAUCCUCACAGCGAAUCUCGAGCUAUAA